CCACAUCCACGUUGGUUAACUGAAGUGCAUUGAACAUUAAGAUUAAUGCAAACAUUUAGUUAUUGCAGAGCUUAACUAAACAUGACAACCACAACGUACAGAGCAAAUCGUAAGAGUCACUUUUAAUGCCCGCUCUGAGCCGUGUUUGUGUUCGGAUGACGGCGCAGGUAGACUACCUGGUGGUGGCUUUCACCGCCACAUCUGGCGCGAGCGGAGAGCUGUUGGGGUCAGACGAGAAGGAGCUCGUGCAGUUGGUUUGGCAGCUGGUGGAUGUAAAGAACAAAACGUUGGGCAAGGUGAAUGAGCUCCUCAUUAAGCCUGAGCCCUUAGACUCCACAGAGGAGAAGGAAGAGGAGGAGGAUGUGGUGGAGGAAAGCGUGGAGGAGGAGAGUGGAUCCAAAGCAGACUGUGUCACAACAGCGACAAGUCUUGAGGCGGCUUUAAACCUGUUUCAUCUACAUCUGACAAACGAAGUGAACAGCGCGGGCGCAGGCACGUCGGUGUGUUUGUGUACAGACGGGCAGCUCCACAUCCGCCAAGUGAUUCACCCCGAGGCCGCGAGCAAGAACAUCCUGGUCCCGGAGUGCUUCUACUCAUUCUUUGACCUUCGGAAGGAGUUCAAGAGGCACUUCCCCACGUCCGACCUCAAGGCUCUGAAUGUACACAUCAUGGCAGAGUCUCUCAGUCUACCUGCUGAUGUCCCCAACAUGUGGGAUCCCUCAGCCCCACUGGAUCCGACAACCCCACUGCCUCCUGUAAUCGGAGUGCAGCAGGUCCAGGCUAUGGCCAGCAUUGUCCUCGCCCUGCUUUCUGAGCCAUUCAGUCACACAUUUUCCAACCAGGAGAGAGUCAGUGAGAAGUUUGAGACUGGCACUUGCAGUAAGAUGGAGAAAGUGUGCGACAACACCGUGAUCAGAGCCAGAGGGCUGCCAUGGCAGUCUUCUGACCAGGACAUCGCUCGAUUCUUCAGAGGACUCAACAUCGCAAAAGGAGGGGCUGCGUUGUGCCUUAAUGCUCAGGGGAGGAGGAAUGGAGAGGCUCUUGUUCGUUUUGUCAGCGAGGAGCACAGAGACCUGGCACUGCAGAGACACAAACACCACAUGGGCAACAGAUACAUAGAGGUUUACAAAGCAACAGGAGAGGACUUCCUGAAGAUAGCAGGAGGUACCUCCAAUGAGGUAGCAAUGUUCCUGUCCCGUGAGGACCAGAUCAUAGUGAGGAUGCGAGGUCUUCCUUUCACCGCCACACACGAGCAGGUGCUCAGUUUCUUUUCUCCGGGGGAGGGCCUUAAAGAGACAUGUCCUGUCAGCGGAGGGAAGGACGGCAUCCUAUUUGUCCGCUAUCCAGACGGACGUCCCACUGGCGAUGCCUUUGUUUUAUUUGCCUGCGAGGAACACGCCCAGUGUGCUCUGAGGAAACACAAGGAAAUCCUGGGGAGGAGAUACAUUGAGCUGUUUAAAAGCACCGCAGCAGAGGUCCAACAGGUGUUGAACCGGUACUCGUCAGCGCCUCUGAUCCCCGUGGCCCCUGCCCCCUUGGUGUCGGUGCUGCCGACGGUCUCUCUCCUGCCCCCUCCUGGUGGUAUGAGGGACUGCCUGCGGCUGAGGGGACUGCCAUACACAGCGAGCAUAGAAGAUAUCCUCACCUUCUUGGGCGAGUUUACACACGAUAUCAGACCACAUGGCGUGCACAUGGUCCUCAACCAGCAGGGUCGUCCUUCAGGUGACUGCUUCAUCCAGAUGACCUCAGCAGAGCGAGCUAUUCAGGCCUCGCAGCGGCUCCACAAACAAGUGAUGUCCAGCCAGCGUGGGUCCAACAGCCGCUACGUGGAGGUGUUCCCCUGCAGCGCCGAGGAGAUGGGCCUGGUGCUGAUGGGAGGCUCGCUCUCACACACACAUACACACGCACACACCCGGACCAGGAGUGGGACAGGGCUCAGCCCGCCGCCAUGUAAGUCAAGACGUUUGUCUCCUCCGUCCUACUCCUUCACCCCGGCUCCACCUGUCCUGUCCACUGAGGCUGCUGCUGCCCUUUACCCUCCCAUGGGUCAGAUGUUGCUGAGCCCGCGCCCUCUGCCCCCAGCACACGCCUUCUACCCCCCUUCAGCUCAGCUGUACAUGAACUACACAGCGUACUACCCGAGUCCUCCUGGCUCACCUACCACUCUAGGUUUCUUCCCCUCCCCCUCAUCCCUCUCUUCCCCAGGGGGGUUGGUGCGCAUGCCAGGCCUGACCUACAACAGCAACGGAGUCAAAGACCUCAUUAAUGCCAUGCAGGGAUACCAGUAUGCACCCGAGGAUGCUCUCAUGCACACUCACGGGCAUGUGCAUGCUCACGACCCGGCUGGGACAUUACUUACGCAGCCCAAAGAAUGGAGUCCCGCGGAGUCCGUUUCUCUCCUGAGCAGCAGUCUGAUUGGUCAGUCCAGUGGAGGCGACGCUCCUCUCAUGUCCCUCCCCGCUCUCAUGACCAAGCCGGCAGCAGGGCAAUACCUGGACCUGACCCUGCUGUAGGGUCACAAAUAUACAAAAGUCAUGUGACAAUUGGAUACAUGUCAGCAACUUGUUAAUGUAUUGUUAGUUUUUUUUUUUUUUUAAAUAGUCUUUUAGAUGUGUUAUUUAUAUCUAUAAGAACAGAAAUUUAUGUAUUUUAUACCAAAAUCAUUGUGGCCUUAGCCAAAAAAUAGCAGUUUUGUCUUAUAUUGCACAGUUUUAAAAGCUCUAUAGAGAUUUUUUUGAACAUGUUAUGAUAUUAUAAUCACUAAUAUGACUUAGUAAAAACUGAGAUAAAUCUUUUCCUUAAGCUUCUCUGUGAAGAGUGAAAGAGUGUGCGAGUGUGUUUUAGUGUGAAAGAGAUGAAAAUGAGUAUUAUGCAUGGCUGUGUUGAUACGUCUUAUCACUUAAUCUGUUUAUGCAAUGCAUUUUAUAUGUUUAUAUACAAUUUGACACAGAUACAGUGAUUGUAUUUGAAGCUUUAGUGCAUGAAGAAGUUACUAGUUAAACUGUUAAGAUGUUUACAUAAUGCCAAAUAUCAAUGCACUGCUAAUCAAUAAGACUACUAAUUAAUAUAAUAGCAGUAUCUCUGAAUGAUGACAUAUGUUACACUGUGAGUUUGUCAAACAGUCUGAUCCUCGCAUCAGGCUUCACUUACACAUCUCACACCAAAGCCCCUGUUUCCAUGUUGCGUAAUGCCAAUGUUGUCUUGCCUUUUGUUUUGGACUCGCGUCUGAACAGAAGACCGUCCCAGUUCUCUGUAACCUAACCAAGAGGACUCAUGUCACUAGCUCUCAGCUUACCAAGUGAAUCUCAGGAGCCAGAGGUGGUUUCUGACAGAUUUUAUUACGUUUUACUCAAAUAGGUCCGCUAAGAUUUAUCAGUCCAUCACACUUUCCUUGUCUUCUCUGCUCCAUCUAUGUACGCCGUUUGCACAGUGGAAAGGAGCAAACAUCAGGAAAAUCCCUUUUUUUUUAACCAAAUCAUUUAAAGAGUAGAUGGAAAGUUGAGAAGGAAAGGAAAUAAUGAAGGACGUGUAUCUUGUGAAUAUAAUUGCCGUUUGUGCCCUGCAAAGUUGCCAUUCGGACGUCCCACAGUAGUACUUCCUGCUCAUGACGUCCUGCUGUGACAAUGCUGAAAAAAACUAAAAACAAUAAAGAAAACAUGUGAAGUCUGCCA